AUGACAAAUCGUGGAGUGGUGAAUGCGGAGGAACUGCGGGGGGCGGUGUGUGCCAUCGUGUCGCGCUACCAGAAGACUCCACAGCGCCGGUUGCUUGUCUGCGUCGCCGGCCGUCCGGGCAGCGGCAAGACAACCAUUGCGAAUAUCCUCGCGGAGGAGGCGCGGGAGCUGCUGCGCAAAGUCUCCAGCGAUCCCCGCGAUCAUGCGGAGAAUGCGGUUGUUGUGAUGCCAAUGGAUGGCUACCACCUCUACCGCAAAACUCUGCAUGCGAUGCCAAACCGCGAGGAGGCGAUCGCGCGACGUGGGGCGGAGUGGACGUUUGACGCACGCAAGUUGUGCCGCGACCUACAGGCCAUUCGUUUACCUUCUGAGACUGCCGACAAGAAGGGAGCACCGCUUUACGAUGAUGUCUUUGUGCCGUCCUUUGACCACAGCGUGGGUGAUCCGAAGGAGCGUGACAUUUGCGUCUCCGGCUCUGCGGCCAUUGUGAUUGUGGAGGGGAAUUAUCUCCUCUACCGCGGCACACCGACGUGGGCGGAGGUGAACCGCUGCUUCGACAUGGGCGUGUUUCAGGCCUGCCCGGCAGCGACGUGUGCACGGCGGUUGUGCCGGCGACACAUGGCGGCGUGGGGCAUCAGCGAGGCGGAGGCGAUGGUGCGGGCCACAGGGAGCGACGCAAUGAACGGUGAUCUCGUUGAAACGACGGGAAAGAACGCGGAUAUUGUGCUUCACUCCAUCGAGAGCUCCAUUUAA